UGCUUGUUUUAGUGUUGUUCUCUUGUCAGCUUUUUUUCCAUUGCUACUGACGCUGUUGUUGGAGGUGAGAGUUCUAGAUACUUUCGUUGCAAAUACACAAUCUUUUUUUUUUAUUUUGUUUCAUAUUGUAAACAGAAAUAAUACACAGGCACACAUUCAGACACAGAUACUCAUGCUACUGAGGCGAGUAACUGAAUGAAUGAAUGAAUUAAUGAACAAAUGACUUGACUGACUGAAUGAGUGAAUGAUGAUGAGCCCAGAAAUUUGUACAAUUCUUCAUUUGUUUAGUUUUACUGCUACUGCUGCUGCAAGUCGUCGUCGUCAAGUAUUUUAAUUUUGGUUUUUUAUUUAUUUUAUUGUAUCGCACAGUAUCGCAUUGUAUUAUUUAUUGUAUCUCGUCGUAAGACCGCGACUAGACGUCUAAGGAAUAUAAUAGAAAAUAUAAAAAAAAUAAUAGGAAUUAAAAAUAAAAACAACGUCUUUAGAAAGAAAAACAAAUAACAAGAUUUUGCUGCUUUAUGAUCUUUCACUUUAACGAUUUUUGCCAUCAUCUCAAAGAUACGACUUCAGUUUUAUGUGCGUGAAGUAAAUAAAAUAAUUCAAUUGAAAGUGUGUGUUUUUCCAGCUACAUCAUAAAUUUAAUACGAUUUUCUUAUAAGAAUCUAAGCAAAGAAAUAAAAAGUGUUAAAUUUUUUGAAAGAAGCGAAAGUUAAAAUAAAAUUUAAAAAAAUAAAUAUCCAUAAGUAAAGAAAAAAAUAAAAGGGAAUAAAAAAAGUUCCUUAAAUUAAGAAAUAAAUAAAAAAAAAUUCAGUUUCCAAAGCUGAAAGUGUUUUAUAAAUAAUUGCUGUUCAGAAAAAUUCAUUUUAUUAAAUUAAUUCCACAAUAUGUUGGCCAUCAAAGAGUGUCUAAUACGUGAAGGUGUCUUAAACCUUAAUCCACCCAAUUUAUCUACAAAUUCCUCCACCUUCAACAACCCAUUACCACCAUAUGAUGUAAAUUCUGCCUAUACUUUGUAUAGAAAUCGUUAUAGUUUUGGCUCUAAUCUCAAUAUGCUGAAUAAUUCACUAAAAAAAUCCGCUACUGACGUUUCUGUGAAUGACUUAAGUUCAUCAAAUUCAGCCACUGCCAAAACUAGCUGCCAGCAACUACAACAACAACCACAACAGUCAACACAACAGGAAUCAUCAUCCUCCAAACCACAAUCGAGAAAAUUACCCAAACGUUAUCAAGGACAUCAUCCGCACUUUCAUCAUCACACAGCACCAGCUUACUAUACAGAUCUUCAUCUAAAGAUCCAUACACCCGAAGCUAAAGAUUCGGUUAAUGAAAACUAUCAGAGUGUCUAUCGCACACCAUCGAAACUAAUCAAAGACGAACAUCAAUUUCCGAAAACCACAACAGCCACUCACCCACCCCCGCUAUCACAAAGUCCCCAGCAAAAGUCGGCCAAGGAAUCGUCAGCGGCUGUUGAAAAUCCCGCAACCAAAACGGGAACAUUUUUUCGUGGGGCUUACGCUCACAGCGAUCAAAGACAACAGAGUCGCAGCAACGAUCCUUCUUAUAUGCCGUCAAGCAGAAGAUCGCUGAAACCUACCAAAGGUAAUAGUAGUUCUCCCUCAGAUUUUAUUGUAGACGCAGAUAAUAGUCAUCUACCAUUAGCGGCACCAGUUCAGGCGGCUGAUGGUAGUGUAGUUUUUGCUUGUACCAAUUUUAAACCUUGUGUUACAGCCGACGCGGAAUUGCCACCGCAGAACGUAACGGGCCGUAGUCGUAAUACUCAGCGUUUUGCCAAUCGUAAACGGGCCGUUAGAGUACGCAGUGAAUCGCGUCCGAUUAGUGCUUUGUAUGAUAUAAUAUGCAAAGAAAAAGGUCUCGAUAUAGCCACCACCACUACGAACGACGAAGAUUCUUCGCCCUCGCAUAGUCACGACGACGAGAAAGCACACGCCACCAACCCCAGUAGAUCUCGUAGAUCCCAUUCUCGAUCAGUGUCAAGGCAAACCAAGUCAUCGGUGGCCAGUAGCAAUAAUUCCAAUAUGUCCGGUGGUCUGGCCAACAAUUCGUCGGGUGGCGAUCAUCCCCAGCAUAGAUCGGCUUUGCAACAGAAGAAACGUAACGAUAAAUACUCGCCAAAUACGAUUUUCAUAAAUGAUCUCAGCGAUGAUGACGAUGAAAUCCAUCGCUUAGAGGGUGGUUGUUCACGUAAGAACUUCCGCAUGCGCAACUCGCACAAGAAGGGUAAUCUUUGGGAUGAAUUACAACAGACCAAGUCCUCUUCACUACCGCCGGGUCUGGCCAAUCAUAAUAGUCAUGACUCAUUAGCCGACAUAUCCAAAAAGAAUAAUAAAGAAUCCUUAGUGAGUCCAGUCAAGUCCGGUAGUGGUAGUAAAACUUUGCCAAGUUCUAAUGCUAAUCAUACAGCACAACCACAACCACCACCACAACAAUCAGCAUCAUCAAAUCCAUCAUUAUCAUCAAAUACCACCACUUUAAGUGUAGAACCCAUUCACAUGCAUUUGAGCAGUAGUUCGCUACAUGAUCAACCACAUACAGGUGCUGGCACCAACAACACGACUACAACCACCAGCAACCAGCAAGAUCAGCUGCAGCAACAACAUUUAACUACAGCUUCCCCCAAAGCUGAUCGCCAUACUCGCAAACAUAGACGUUUGCGUGACGAUAAACCGAGACGUCAUACUGAUGGUGCCAUAAAACUAUUUCCAUCUGAGUUAAAUGAUUUUGAUAGUGAUGAUAUUCAUCAUCAUAAUAAUGCUGAUGAUGAUCAUCAUUAUCAUCAUCAGCGUGUUGAUGGUGAUGGCUUUAGUGAUAAUGAUGAUCAACAUCAUCCUUCACAAUAUCAUGAUUUAAAUGGUGCCGGUCACGAUUUUCAUACUUUAGCUGGUAAUGCCGCUGCUGCAAAUGCUAAAAGAUAUAUAACUCGUUCACAACGCGUGCAACAACAACAACAGACAAAUGACUCAAGAUCAUCACCAUCCGUUGUAAACUCCACAGCCCUAAAUGCAACAGCGCAACAAGAUUUGAACCCAUCUACGAACUCUGAAACAAGAACAGUUGAAACCAACGGUCAUACGAUUAAAACGAACGGCGAAGAUAAGGAACCAGAAGAAGAAGACGACGAAGAAAUGACCAAUAACUCGGGUAAAAAAUCAAAGACGACAACGACUGCGACAGCAACCACAACAAAUACUAAAGAAUUAAAAAUAAAUAUUCCACUAACAAGCGACACAACAUCAACAACAAAUAUUGCAGCAACAGCAGCUACUGCUGCUGCUGUUCCCGACGCUUCAUGUUCAAGUACUGCAGCUUCUUCCUCUGCCUGCCCAACAAUGUCUGCCUUGCAUCAUAAAUUAAUGGAGCACCAUCAUCAUCACCAUCAUCAAGUGCAACAAACUGUUCCCUUGCAACAACUUAAAAUUUCCAAUAAACACAAUUAUAUCAAUGCAAAUAAUUUUAACAAUCAUUUAAAUCUUAUUAAUAUUAACAAUAAUCACAACAAUUGUAAUAAUAAUUAUGCCACGCCCACUGCUUCAUCAGUACUCAAGCAACGCAAGCAAAAUUCUAGCGCAAAUUGUUCUUCUACUACUACUUCUUCAACUGCAAUUCUAUCACCAUCAAAAUUUCGCAAAUGUCCUCUAUCACCGCUUAUAAUCACCACAAAUGCACCAUUGUUUUCAACCACUUCAUUGUCAUCACCCUCACAGCAAUUGGUGACUACAAUGCAGCCGCAAACGCAGCCACAGACACAGCACUUUGUCAAAUUAUCACCGGCCAGUCCUGUACUGGGUUUAACUCUUUCACCACUAUCGCCAAAUUCUUCUUCGACGUGCUCCUCGUCAGUGCAUUUAGUGCGUACCACGAAAACCACACGUUUACGUGCCGCCGCACUGGACAAGAAAAAGGACGAAGAAAAACAACAGCAACGUUUUACCUCCCCAACAUCACCUAAACCACAACCACAUCACACACCAUCCAAUCGACGUGCUUCUCCCUCCAGCACCUGUUCGGAUAAUCAGAAAUUAACUAGUGGCUCUGAAGCUGAACAUCACAAAAUGUCCUCGGCCAAUAGUUCGCCUACACAUCGUGGCAAUAAGAAACUGGUAGCCUCGGUUUCGGUCUCAAUGAAACAGAAUCUUAGUGAAACCCAUUGUACCGCCUCCCGUUCGAAUAGCCUACGCUCGAAUGCCACUUCACCCAAAUCUCCCAAACAGAAAAUACAAAAUAGCAACACAGAAUGUACGGUUAAAAUAACAGCCUCGCCCAAGGCGAAAACUAAAUCGUCUAGCAGCCCAAAAACCUCACCUCAGCAUAUCAAUAAUGAUGAUGAAAUCGAUGCUGAUUUCUUGGAAAUUAAUGAUUUGCCCAUAAAUCCAUUGGAUAAUGAUGAGGGUAGUACGUCCACCAGGCCACGUUGUUCUACCAUGUACACCGAUUCGGAUAAGUCGAAAUCAUCGUUGAGUAAUGGCGCUCAAAAUAAUGAGAAACUUUUGGAAUUGAGUCCGGUGCAUAAAAGUAGAACUUCAAAUAGAUCGCCCAGACGUACUGAGGAUCGUGAUAAGUCUUCGAAACGUAAAUCAAAUUUAAAUCGUUCGCAGAAUGAAGAGGCAACACCAGAUGGUGAUGACUCUGCCAUGCGUAGAAGACGUCGCCGUGAAAUGGGCAUGUCCCGUCCCUUGGUGCCCAAUGAUGAUGCCUCUCUAAAGGCCUUGAUUUCACCCCAAAAGACACGUGUGCCAUCUCCCACAAAACCAGCCAUACGCAAUGAUUUAUCUUAUCACAUGGAAAUGGCCAGAAGAGGUUUAGAUUUGGCCACCACUUCGGAGCGUCGUAGAGCUCAGACAGCCAGCCCGAAAAAUGCCAAAGACAGUCCGUCCCCUAAAUCCUCUAAUCCACCCUCCAGAAUUAGUAAACGUAGUGAUACUGUGGCCAUAGGUGAAUUGCGCAAGGAACGUUCCUCAGAGGUAAAUCGCAAACUAAAUGAACGUACCCGCACUGGUUUGGAAGAAAUAAUGAAAAUUGUAGAGAAUGUAAGUGAUGGCUCAACAAAUUCGACAAAUGCUAUUACCGGUUUAACCCAGACCAUGAAUCGUUUGAGAGCCAGCCAAGAAAGAGAACGGGAAACCGAAGCAGAAUCUCUUAAUUUACCCUCUACUAAGGCUGAGGAGCAACGCAGACCAUCACCCGUAAAACAUGCCACAUUUUUGCAAGAGGAAUGUAUUUACUAUGAACCGGAUCCUUUAGAACAUAUCGAAAUGUCCAAUGGCGAAGCAGAGCAUUUAAAGGGUGGCGGCAUGUUGCGUUCUUUGCGUAUGCUCAAGGCCAAGAGCAUAGAGAGGGAAACUGCGGCAUUUGAACCAGCCAAACUCUCGCCCAUUUUAAGACGCAAAAGUACUGAUUGUCCCCCCAUUUCAUUAAUGCAAGGUAUCACGGCUUCAGCCACACCAAAUCAUAUUGUAUCGAUACUCAAGAAAAAGGAUCAUCUGUCGGCGGGAGAGUCAAGUUCUGCAUCUAGUAAUGCCUCGCCUGUAACCUUUUCGUCCAGUGUCAUGGAUACUCCCUCGAAACAUAAACGAGCUGGUAUACUCAAAAAACGUUCAUCUUUAGAUGAAUCGCGUUAUUAUUCACGCUCUCAUUCUCCAGAUGAACGCAGCAUUUUGAUCAAAUCAGCUCGUCGCAACUCUCUCGAAGAAGUAGCUAAUGGCAGUUCGUCGUCCUCCUCUGCUCAAGGUGCAGGUCAUCAUGGCAUACUAAAGCAAAGCAGUUAUGACAGCUCUAAAAGUGAUGGCUGUCCUUCUGCCACCAGAGAACCUAUGCAACCUCAAAGUAUACUCAAGAAAAAAGACUCCACAUCCACCCCCUCAGAUGGAGGAGACCAUGCUCCUAAACAUGUAUCGAUCUCACAAGCUGUGAUUUUAGCAGCAGCCGAACUCUCAGCUGCUGUUGAAACUGGAGACAAGUUUCCAACUGAUGACAACUACACACCCAGUAAUGAAGAAUACGAUAUCAAACCCAUACUCAAAUUAGAUUCUUUUGCGGGUGAUGAGUCGGUUAAACCACCUAAACCGAUUCUAAAGAAGAAAUCUUCCGGCGACUCGGAUGAAUAUGAAAUAAAACCAAUUCUAAAGACUUCACGUAAAUCGAGCAGAGAAGAAUUUGAUUUCGAUCCCUACUCCGAUGGCGAAAGCCAACAAGAACCCCAGGUUAGGCCCAUACUUAAAACCGAUUCGCCCUCUAAACGACGCUCGUUGGGCGAACCCGACAGUAGUAGUAUGAAGCAGGAGACUGAACAGCGUGAAACUCUAUCACCCUUCCAACUCAAAAGACGUACACGUUCCCUGGAACGUCAUGAUCAAGCACCUGUGAUCGAUUUAGCUGCUGCUCUCAAUGCAAUUGCUACCUCACAAGAUCUGCCCUGUGAAUUGGUUUCCUCAUUGACCAACUCCACGGCCGGCUCAAAUAUAUCAGUAGCUGAACGUAUAAAAUCUGUUGAAAAGUUCCUUGCCAAUCAAAGUGGCGUACGAUCAUCACCUGGUGAAAAUGUGCCAGCAAGUGCUGAGGCUGCUUCAGCUGUAAAUACAUCUUGGGAAUCGCCACUACAAAAUGAUCCGAAUAGCUCAAGUAAUGCAGCGGGUGGUGUUAAAAUUUUAAAACCCAGUGUCAUUAGACGUGAUCUCUAUAAGGAUAGAUUUAAAACUCAGCCGGUAACCAGUGAUGAAAAGAAUUUCUUUAAAAACAACGUGUCUUCUGUCAACGACACUUUGCCUAGUGGUUCUGCUUUCAAACCGGCUCAAUCGUUAGAAGGUCUUGGUUUUGCUCACUUAUCCUCACACGGCAACCAGUCGCCCAACGCUCCUCCGUCAGCAUUUACUUUAACGCGUUCAUUUACCCAACCGCUCUCAAGUUCAAUUAAUUCGCCCCCCCAAUCGUCCUCUUCAUUUAAGGCGGGCAUACCAGUUCCUUUACCGCGUAAAUCGCCAGCCCGUUCUAGUCUGCUUUGUUCGCAAGACACCGCCAAUUUAACUUUAUCGUUUACCGGCGAUUCGGGUUUAUCGUGUAACAGUAAUAGUGAACGUAUAUUCGAAAUGUCUAGUCUUGAGCAAGAUGUUGAUAUGGCUGAAAAUCAAGAGCCUAAAACACCCUUAAACAAAGACUCCUCGGAAUCGUCGACUUCGUCGGGCGGCGUGGUGCGUACGAAUAGUGUGAGAGCCAGAGCAAAUAUGUUCCAGCAAAUGCAAGAGAAGACGAGUAAUGGCGCGGCCUUGAAUCGGGAGGAACGUACAUCACCGAAAAGAGUACCGCGUCGUUUAUCACCUUCUCCAGCUGUUAAUACGGAUGAACCUAAAACACCAAAUAAUCCACCUCCAGAUGAUGAAAUCGCGUCAUCAUCCUCCAAACAAACUCUUGCUCCGAACGAACCGCCACGCGGUAUUUUAAAAUCUAAAUCGGGCUGUGUCGGCUUUAUGCCCAUGGACCUAAGUAAUGAAUUAAAAAAUCGUCUUAAAAGUUCGAAACAUGCUGCCGUUACAAAUUUAAGUAAAUCGGCUACAACCGCGAAUGCCACAUCAUCGUCGGCACAACAUGAUGAUGCUGUUAGUUUAGUUCGUAAUCUUUCGAAUUUGGGUAAACCACCAGCACAAUUAAGAGAUCCUUUAAAAAUGGAACCAGACAUUGCUUCAGCCUCGGAGGGUGAAAGUUCGGGUGGCCGUGAAAUAUCGGAGAUUAUUAAGAAUAGUGCAGUAGCACGUAGGCGUAAAUUUAAUGAAGGAAAUCUCAUAGCCAAAAGUAAAAGUCAUUCAUCUAUUGUUGUACCUCCUCCACCUGGUGGUGUAGCAAUUGGCAUUGGACCACAAUUACCUCCAUUAUCGGGUGGUUUCAUUAAGUUGCGUCAUGUAGGUUCGACAUUGGAUAAACAAAAAGACGAUAUAAAGGAAACAACAGCCUCCACAACAACAACAACUCAGCUAGAAACUGAAUUUCAACAAAAAGAAAACGAAGCAGAAGCAGACAAACAUAAAUUAGAGCAAGAAGAACUAGCAAGACAACCCACAGCUUUGCCGGCAUUUUUACAAGGCGGCCUAAGACGCAGUCAAACGGAAGUCAUGGGUCCCGAUCAACGUUCCAUAUCCAAAACAGGCUCUAUAGCCGAUCGUUUGGCGGCUUUGCAAAAAAGCGGUGAAGAUGAUUGGAAACGACGCAUUUCAAAGCGUGACGAUAUUGAUGAUAUAAAACGUGAAAAUUUUGUUAAUGAAUCUCUUUCAUUAUCACACAAUCUCUCUGAUAAACCCUUACCACCAUCCCCCUUAAUACCCACAUCUUUAGAAGGCGGCAAAGUCUCUGAUCGUUUGGGUAAAUUAAAAUCUUCCUCGGAAAGUUGGAGAACUCGUGUUGAACAAUCAGAUGCUGCUAAAUUCACAGUCGCUGGACGACUUCAAAAGAAGGCCCAAUCCCCGGUGGAAUUGCAGUUCGAAAGAUCCACUAAUGAUGCAGCCAAAAAAUGUCCCCUACAAAUUAUACGCAGUGCCAAUCAACCCCAAUUGGGUUUGGCCAAAAGUGCCUCCAUGAUGGUUACUUCCAGCACUAAUGGUGUGGUUGGCCAAAAGUCCAGCAAUGGUGCUCUCUUUGUACAACGUAGUUUAAGUGUCAAUAAUGAAAAUCCCAAUAGUGCUUCUGAAUCGAAUUCGGCCGCUAGUAAUUCGGACAGCGACAAUGAAAAGGAACAAAAAGAUAAACGUAAUAUUAAUAAUCAAACGUCAACCGCAACAACUAGUCCUAGUCAUGGCCAGAGUGAACGUGGUGCUCGUGUUGUCAUACCCAAGUUUGAUGACGAGGAAACAUUCGAGAAAUUCUUUGUAUCAAAGAAAACUCAAGAUAAAUCCACACCGGAUGAGGAGGGUAUCGAUAUUGCAGAUUUUGAUAAGAUUAAACCCACCGAAAGGUUGGCCGUUAAACGUACCAUACAAUUGCCUAAAGGACGGCGGGCUGCUCGUAAUCCUUUAAGAAAUUUAGCCUCACGCACUGAUAUCACUUCGGAAUACACAGAAAUAAAAUCAGGCAUAGCUGAAAGGGAAAUGCGCAGACUCAAAGCUGAAUCAUUUGGCUGUCGCACCAAUUUAGCUGCCGAAGCCAUUGCCGGCUUAGCCUCGGUUGAAGAUUUCAAGGCAGUAGCUUUGAAAUCAUCCGCACUGCCACUCAAUCAAAUGUGGUUGCCAUAUAAACCUCUAAUGUUGCUGCAUGUUAAAGGUCGUACCCAUGUACAAACCAGACUUGUGGAGCCUUCCUACCUAUCACUCAACCGUGGAGAUUGUUUCAUAUUGAUAAAUGGCGAUAAAUUGUAUCGUUAUGUGGGCUCGUAUGCCAAUAUAAUUGAAAUUGCGCGUAGCAAGAAAAUCUGUGCCUAUAUAUUGGAAAACAAAGACUUGGGUUGCACCGCCACCUCUGAGGUCAUACUAACCGAUGGCAAAUUCAUGAACGAACGUCACUGGAAAAUCUUUUGGGAGCUAUUAGCUAAACCGGAAGAUUAUCAAAUACCCGACAGUGGUCAUGCCGACGAGGAUGAUCUGUUUGAAGCCAGUCUAAUAGAGACCAAUAAAGUGUAUGAAUUCCAAGAUGAUUCAUUAGUGCCCUUUGAAAAGUACUGGGGUUGCAUACCCAAGGUAGAAAUGUUGGACACCAAAAAAGUAUUAGUUUUUGAUUUCGGUUCCGAAAUGUACAUAUGGAAUGGCAAGAAUGCCUCCUCGAAUUCCAAGAGAGCAGCCAUUAAACUGGCUCAGGAACAUUAUGAUGAAGGUCAAUUAGACUAUUCCAAGUGUUAUGUAAAUCCUAUGCAUUUCUCUAGCAUUGUUGGCUGCCGCGACAAUUAUAAAUUCCCCAAACGUUGUGAUAAACGUGGAGAAUGGUGCAUCUUGGGUAAGAUUACCCAAAAUAUGGAAACUUCCCUAUUCAAGGAGAAAUUUGCCGAUUGGCCCGAAGUAGAGCGUGAAGAUUUGGAGAAAGAUUAUUUGACAAAUAGCGUGCAUGCUGUAAAAGCUUUAGAUGGUGGUGUUAUUUUCAAGGGUUCUGCUUAUGAAGAACCCAAUUUGGUAUUGGAACAAUCGAAUUUGGGUCGUGGUAACUUUUACUAUGACAACGACAGCAUGCGUCAUUUCGAGAUUAUUUCCAAAUCUUGUGAUAAAUGGCAAAUAAAUGAAUUUAACUUUGAUAAGGCCGCAGAAGAUUCGUAUGGUCAGUUCUAUUCAGCCGAAAGUUAUAUACUGAAGUGGAUCUAUCAAAUCAAUGUUACCGUACGAGAAUUGAGUGGUCGUGUUUCCAAUCGCAGCACGGUGGGUCGUGAUCGUUGUGUUUAUUUCACUUGGCAAGGCAGUGAAGCCUCGGCCAAUGAAAAGGGUGCUGCCGCUCUUUUAACCGUGGAAUUGGAUAAAGAAAAAGGCGCUCAAAUGCGUGUGGCCCAAGGUGAUGAAACCACUGUCUUUUUGCGACUCUUUGGUGUAAUGUGUCUUCACAAAGGACGCAAAGAAGAAUGUCUAACACGCCGCAAUCAAUGGCGUUUAUAUCAGGUUUCCGGCAAUGUCCCCGAAGAAACCCUAUUGAAAGAAGUCGACUGUCAAGGUCAUCAAUUACGCUCCAAAGCUUCUAUGCUAUUGAUACAUGGUGAGAAGGGUGUAAUUUAUGUAUGGCAUGGCUGUAAAGCAGCUCAACACACCAGAGAUGUGGCCACCAAGGCCACAGAAAAACUAAAAGACUUAAAACCCCAAGAUCUCUUUGCCUCAACUUCAGUGUCCAUAGAAAUUGUAGAGGAGCAACAGGAAUCGAGUGGAUUUAAACAGGCUUUAUCAGCAGAUCUCUCUCAGCCUUUGCAACUUUAUGGCAGUCUUUGUGCAGAAACCUCCAAAGAUUUUUCCUAUACUCCCAGAAUUUUCCAUUUCUCCAGUACUCAGGGUGUGUUUAAGGCAGCCGAAUUGUAUUCGCCUUUAAGGUGCCAGGAUUUAAUAACACCCUAUCCAUUUACCCAAACACAAUUGUAUAAUGCACGCCAGCCUACCAUCUUUAUGAUAGACGAUGGUGAUGUAUUGUGGCUGUGGAUGGGCUGGUGGCCUUUGGAGGAUAUUAAAAUUAAUACAGAGGAUCGCAGCAGUCCCACUAAUGAAAAUCGUGCUGGUGUUAAUCGUUGGAUUUCCGAGCGUAGAGCUGCUUUAGAAACAGCUGUUUCCUAUUGGAGAGCCAAAUUUGGUGACAAUGAAGAAAAACAAUUCCAUGGCAUUAAGGGUUACGUAGUGUGGGCUGGCUUAGAGUCAACCGGUUUUAAGGCUCUCUUCCCCGAAUGGUCGGUGCGAGAAGAUGUUAAAGAAAUUAAUUUACAAGAUGGCCGCACCAAUGAACCAUUACCCAUUGUGGAUGUCUUGGAGCAAUUAACACAAACUGAAUAUCCCUUGGAGGUGCUUAAAGAAAGACCACUACCCGAAGGCGUCGAUCCAACUCGUUUAGAAUUGUAUCUAAAUAAUGAAGACUUUGAGAAAGCCUUGGGUAUAACACGCACAGAAUUCGAACAAAUGCCAUUGUGGAAACAAACCAAUUUGAAGAAAGAAAAUGGUCUAUUCUAAAAAGAAAUUACGGAAUUGAAAUUUAAACGCACAACAGGCUGAAACAUUUUCUUACAUUUAAAUUAAGAGAAACUUAUACACAUAUUAUAUAUACAUAUACAGAACAACUCAAAUCUUAUUGGUAAGAGUUGUUUCAAAAAAAAAAGAAUUUCAAUCAUUUUUUAUAUAUAUAAAAAACAAGGCCUUAACACACAUUUCUCUAUAAAAAAAGAACUACCAAUUUUUUUUACAACAUGCUUAAUAAUUAUUAAAAUAUAAAAAGCAAUUUGAAAUUUAUACAUUAUGAAAAAUAAAUUCAUAUAACAAACAUUUUUUUUAAAUAAUCAUACCACCAUAAUACAUACAUAUUACUUAUAUUUAUAAAACUAAAUUUAAAAUUUAAUUAAUAACGAUACAAAUUUCUUAUUGAAAAUGUUUUGCUUGCUAGCUUAUUAUCAUAUACAUUUAUUACAAGUAAUUUACUAAUAUAAUUAUUACUAACACAUUUCAUUUAUUCAUUCAUUUAUAUUUUUUAUUAUUUUAAUUUGUUAUUGAUUGUAUUUUUGUAAAUAUUUUAUUACUACUAUAUAUUAUUAUUUUAUAUUGCUUUUUCAAAAUUCAUUUUGAUUCUCUUUUUGUUGAAUUCAUUUCGUUUAUAUUUUAAUGUGAGUGUCUAUUUUUUUAGUAAAAUUUUUAGUUAAUACUUCAUUUUUCAUUUAUAAUUUUAAGUUAUUGUGUCAAUCAAUUUUAAGUUUUUAUUUUGCAAUUUGUUAUAUUAUGCAGCCGAGAAUUAUUUUUCAAAUAAAUAUUAUAAAAUAUUUAAAAUAAAAUAUGGAAAAUUAAUAAAA